AUGCACUUUCAACUCUUUCUUAUAGGAUACUUACUCGUAUUUCCUGCGCCGCGUUCCAUUGAAAACUAUGCCAUGAAAUAUCCAGCCAUACCAUCGGACCUCAGCCAGUUAUCACUGUGUUUUUUUGUAAAAGUUGUUGCAGAUCAAGAACUGCAAUCUAUCUUCAGCUAUGCCAAACUCGAUGACAAUGAUAUUUAUGCCGAGGGUUCUCCAACUGAGACAGCUUUCGGCAUCAAUGACGAACAUGCCAGGUAAUUCUUAUUUGAUUUUUUUAAAAUCGGGUCAAUAAUGAAAGUUAAUUCAACCUUUUUCAGCGAUUUGUUAUUACCAUGACCAUCCUCCAAUGUGGUUACCAUGUGGCACUUUUGUUCUUUCCUGACGAUGUGAAUUACAGAAUUACGAUUAAGCUUCUAAAGCAUUGACAAGUUUUACGAGCAUAUACAAAUGAGUCUAUUAAUUGUCCAUAGAUAAAAUUUAAGAUGCUAUUUUAAAAAUGAAGAAAUCUACUAUCUAAUUUUCUUUUAAAGCUAUCUUGGAUUUCUCAUUUUUCACUUUGUUUAGGAAUUUAUUUCAGACUUGCCCCGGUGUAAGCAAAACUGUUCCGGUAGUUAUCUGUUUUAACAACUGGUGAGGUUAGAUUACAUAUCGAUCUCCCGAUAUUACUCGGGAAGACAUCGUUAAAAGUAGUUGGGGUCGUACUAUUUAUAAUUUUAAACAUCCCGUGAGAGCAUUUAGUUUGUUUCUCUUCUCCUUAAAAUUGGACCAGAAGAGUUUAUUCAAACGUUAUUAUUUCUUUGUAGGUGGGGAGGAAGGGUGGGUGAACGCGUGGGUGAGUGGGUGGGUGAAUGGGUGUACGGCUGAUACUGGAACGAAUGAAGCGAUGGAUGAUUAGGAAAGAAACAAACUGAGCAGUGAAUGAAGAAAAUAUGAAUUACUCAUUUCAUGAAUAUGAAUUUUCUUUAGUUUCAAUGCUUUGAUCUAUGAUGGUGCCUGGCAUCAUUUGUGUUUCACUUGGGAAAAUACUUAUGGUGAACUCAAACUGUACAAAAACGGUCAAUUUGAAGGCCAACAUAGGGGUUUUGAAGUGGGAUACACAGUCCGAUCUGGAGGCCAUUUAGUGCUCGGGCAAGAUCAAGACACCUUUGGAGGAGGUUUUCAACUGGAGAACACACUGAAUGCUCAACUGGCUGAAGUCAACAUGUGGGACCGGGUUCUGUCCGAAAGCGAAAUUGCUGCUCAGUACACAAACUGCAGGAUACCAAGUGGUCCCGUCGUCGCCUGGUCUGAAUUAAAAACGCUAACCCAUGGCAGUGUGAUUGUCAAACAUUGA